AUGUUGAAGUUGUGGCUCGGGCUCGCGCUAACGGCUGACUCAUCGGCUUUAUUCAGGGAUCGUAAUAGUUUUGGGAUGAAUCUAAAAAGACCAUCGGAGCUCUACAAACACCUAAGAGUUUCCAAGAGACAUAUCCUGGGAAAAUCCCAUGAUGACGUCGUUACAUCACUCCCAAAAGACAAUGAUGCCCCAGAGCUAGAGUCACGACUUCAAUUCCAUAAACAAUUUAUGAUCGGAGCGCAAAAUAACAGAGUAGGGUUAGGAUCAAGUAGGAAAGUCCAAGAUACGGAUAUAUUGAAGUCUUUUAUUCGGCAAGACGAGAACGAUAAAUACAAAAUCCAUGCAAUGAGUUUAGAAAUGCAGAACGAGUGGUUAGACAUAGGAGAUUUUUGCAUUCCACUAGCACUAAAAUGGCGCACCCUAAUUCAUGACUGGUCGCCAGCCUUGCUAAAAUUUUAUCUCAAUGCGUUCCAGAUGACUCUCCCAGAUCAGAGUAAUUUAGUAAGAUGGGGUAAAGGUACCGAAAAAACUUGCUAUAUCUGCGGAAAGGCAGUUGGAACUGCCAAGCAUUUGCUGGUGGGAUGUAAGGUUCUCCUGGACAGCGGUCAAUACUCGCGUCGUCACGAUAGGGUUUUAGAGAUCAUACGUUUUGUGAGAGAGGGCACCAGGGCUAUAAAAUCAAACGUCAAGCCUUACUCUAUCCUUAAAGCGGCUUCGGAUUGGACUAUCAUGAUGGAUACGUAUGAGAAACAAUACAAAAUCCCCGAGGAUAUUUGUGCGUCGGCCUCCAGACCAGACAUAUUUCUAUAUUCGCGUAUUUUAAAGCGCGUUGUGAUGAUAGAGCUUACGGUGCCUUGGGAAACCAACAUCCCCAAAGACCAUGCCAUCAAGGUCAAUAAGUAUUACGAGCUCACUAACGAACUAACUCGAAAUAGAUUCGUCGUUGAUUUGUACGCGGUAGAGGUGGGAGCGAGAGGUAUAACAGCUAAAUCUCUCUAUAACCUACUAAAAGACUUGGGCCUGUCCAGAACUAACAUUAAUUCAUUCUUAGAACGUACGUCGAAGGCAGCCCUAGUAGGUUCUUUUCAAAUUUGGUUAGGUAGGGAGGGGAACUUGGACAGUGGAGGUGAGCGUAUAACGCGCGUUAGUUAA